AUGGCGGCAGAUAUUGGCCUUGGAAAGAGAGUAGGCGUCGUCGGAAUCAGAGGACUGGGCCAUUUUGCCGUCUUAUUCGCUUCUGCCAGGGGCGCUGAGGUGACGGCGAUCUCACACAGACCACGGAAACAGGCAGACGCAGCGAAGAUGGGAGCCACCAGUUUCAUUGUAACCACAAAUGAGGUGGACUGGGCGGAGCAAAACAAAAAUUCGCUGGACCUCAUCAUUUCGACGACAUUCGCCAACGAUAUGCCUUUAAAGAAAUACCUUCCGUUGCUCAACGUUGGCAGCCAGUUCGCCUUGGUCGGGUUGGGCGAGCAGAAUCUUCCAGAGAUUCCUCCGGGUAUCCUGGUCAGGGCCAACAAGUCAAUCGUGGGUUCCAUGAUUGGCACCAGCAGACAGAUGAGAGAGAUCUCGAGUUUGCCGCCGAAAAGAGUAUUCGAGCUUGGAUCGAGAUACUUCCAAUGA